GGCAGCGGCACCGCCAGCAGCAGCAGCAGCGGCGGCGGAAAGAGGCGGUGAGAGGCGGCGCGCUGAUUUCGCUGCCAUUCAGCGGUUUCUGUUCUUCCCGGCGAGAGUGGCUGAAAGGGAAGCAGGGCAGCGGCAGGAGGCAGGAGCGCGGCGAGCUGUGUCGGCGGCAGAGAAUGGCGGUGAGGCGGCGGCAGAGGCUGGGGCCGGGUGGCGGGCGAGCGCUGCUGGGCGCGGUGCUGCUGUGCGUGUGGUGGCGGGCGGCGGCCGAGCGGGUCCGCUACACCAUCGCCGAGGAGCUGGGCAGAGGCUCGCUCGUGGGGCCGCUGGCGCGGGACCUGGGGCUGAGCGCGGACGAGCUGCCGGCGCGCAAGCUGCAGAUGGCGUCUGCCGGCAAGAAGCAGCUAAAAUACUUCACGGUGAAUGAGGAGAACGGGAACCUGUAUGUGAACGAGAGGCUGGACCGGGAGGAGAUGUGCGGCGAGUCUGCGACCUGUUCUGUCAGCUUCGAGGUGCUGGUGCAUAACCCGCUCAGCGUUUUCUACGUCGAAGUGGCGAUCCAGGACGUGAAUGACAACGCGCCGCGCUUUCUGCAAAACAAAUUUCAGCUGGAGAUCAACGAGUUGACUUCUCCCGGUGCCCGGUUUUACUUGGGCAUGGCAGAGGAUCCGGACGUGGGCAGUAACUCGCUGCAGGGCUACGAGCUGGAGGCCAACGGGCACUUCACAGUGGAGGUGAAAGCGAGCGAAGACGGCAGCAAAUCCGCGGAGUUGGUUUUGCGCCACUCAUUAGACCGGGAGAAUGAACCGAACCUUCAACUGAUACUGACGGCACUGGAUGGCGGAGACCCGCGCCGGACUGGCACUGCCCAGCUCUGGAUCAACGUCACCGACGCCAAUGACAACCCACCCGUGUUCGCGCAGGACCGGUACCGCGUCAGCCUGCGCGAGGACGCUGCCCCGGGAUCGACGGUGCUGAACGUCUCUGCCUCCGACGCCGAUGCCGGCAACAACGCCCACAUUACCUACGGCUUCGGGAAAAUGCCGGCCAAGGUGUUUAAGAAGUUCACUGUGGAUGCCCAGAGAGGGACAAUAACACUGCAGGAGGCGCUGGAUUUUGAGGAGACUCGCGCGUUCAGCCUGGCUGUGGAGGCGACGGAUGGCGGUGGUUUGGUGGCGCACUGCAAAGUGGAGGUGGAGGUCCUGGAUGUGAAUGAUAAUCCUCCUGAGAUCACAGUCCUGUCGCUCUCGAGCCCCGUGCCCGAGGACGCACCUGCCGGUACUAUGGUGGCUCUCUUAAACGUAAAUGACCCAGAUUCCGGCGAAAACGGUCAGGUGUCGUGCGAGCUGUCAGGCGAGGCUCCGCUGUCGAUCGUGGCCGCUCCGGGCGGCUCGUACAAGGUGGUGACGGCGAGCGCGCUGGACCGCGAGCAGGCGUCCGAGCACCGCGUGACGGUGGUGGCCCGGGACCGGGGCCGGCCGGCGCUGUCUAGCAGCGCGGAGCUGGUGCUGGAGGUGUCGGACGUGAACGACAACGCGCCGGUGUUCGAGGAGGCGGCGUACAGCGCGUACGUGGCGGAGAACAACGCGGCGGGAGCGCUGUUGCUGCGCGUGCAGGCGCGGGACGCGGACGCGGGCGCCAACGGGCGCGUGAGCUACUGGCUGGCGGGCGGCAGCGCGGGCGCGGCGGGCGCGGCGCCGCUGGUGUCGGUGGAGGCGCGGAGCGGCGCGCUGUACGCGCAGCGCUCCUUGGACUACGAGCAGUGCCGCGAGUUCUCGGUGGAGGUGCGGGCGCAGGACGGCGGCGCGCCGGCGCGCAGCUCCACGGCCACGGUGCGCGUCUUCGUGCUGGACCGCAACGACAACGCGCCGCGGGUGCUGUGGCCGGCGGCGGUGGCGGCGCCGGCAGAGGCUGCGGCAGUGGCGCCGUUCGAGGUGGUGCCGCGCUCGGCCGAGGCCGGCUACCUGGUGGCCAAGGUGCUGGCGGUGGACGCGGACGCGGGGCGCAACGCGUGGCUGUCGUACGAGCUGGUGCAGGCGUCGGAGCCGGCGCUGUUCCGCGUGGGGCUGCACAGCGGCGAGGUGCGCACGGCGCGCGCCGUGUCCGAGCGGGACGCGGCCAAGCAGCGGCUGGUGGCCGUGGUGAAGGACCACGGGCAGCCGGCGCUGUCGGCCACGGCCACGCUGCACGUGGUGCUGGCCGAGAGCUUGCAGGAGGCGCUGCCGGAGCUGAGCGAGCGGGCGGCGGGCGCCGAGGCGGCGGCGGCCGAGCUGCAGUUCUACCUGGUGCUGGCUCUGGCGCUGCUGUCGGCGCUGUUCGUGCUGAGCGUGGCGCUGGCCGUGUUGGCGCGGCUGCGCCGGGCCGGGCCGCCCGCCGUGCUGCGCUGCCUGGGCGCGCAGCGCUUCUCGGUGGCCGGCGCCGCCUUCCCGGCCGACUUCUGCGAGGGCACCUUGCCCUACUCCUACAACCUGUGCGUGGCGGCGCCGGCCCGCGCCGUGCCCGAGGCCGCUUGGCCGCCGCCGCCGGUGCCUGUGCUGUCGGCGGAGGAGCUUCUAGGUGGCGAUUCCUGCGAGAAGCCAAGUCCGAAGAGCAUCGCCGUGAUGGAAGACGUGUCCGUAAAUCACGACGCACCGCAGGUCUUUGAAGCGUUAGCUCCUUCUCUAUAUUCGGCUGUGCCGGGUUGUUGA